UACAAAUUUUAUUCUACCUGCUAUCUGCUUCUGUUUCUGUUAUUAUUUUAAGAUUUACAGUUUCAACAUUUGUUUUCUUAUUUUUAGUGAAGCAGCAUUGUUAGAAAUACUAAAAUGGAAGACUACGAAGCCGAAAAUGAAAUAAAAAGAAACAAGGACCGGAGUCCAUCUCCUGAUGUAAAAUCGACUGCUGUGGUCAAAUACACUGCUUUUCAAAGUCCAGUUGGGUAUGCUCGGCUGCAGUGCAAUACUGACCUUAAUCUCCCUCCCUCCAACUGGGGAGGGAUAGAUACAUAUGGUUUGAAACAAAUUUUAACGAGGGGUACAGGCUUAUCAAGUUUCAGAAUGGCACAUAUGUUUCCUGAUUGUGUAGGUGAAGUUGAUUUAAUAUCUGAUGCUGAGUGCAUCAAGAAAUUGCUUAAAUUACCUUAUCAACCAAAUGGAACUGUAAGCAUGAUGGUGCAUAGAGUACAGAACACACUGCUAUUAGACGACUUUGAUGUUUAUGACUACCUGAUGAAGUCAGAAUGGUCUUGGUUAAAGGAUUUCUUCUAUGAAAACAUAAUUAAAACUAUGUCUGAGAAGGAACGUAUGUCCCUAACUCCAGCAAGAACUGCAAGUGCAUUACAACUGACGCACAAGUUCCUGUCUCACAGUCUGCUUGAAAGGCCUCAGCCGUUGCCUGCGCCUGUUCCAGACACACCUGAUUGGAUUUCCGGUCCACACCUACCGGAACCGGAGUCACGUACAGAAGAAUCGACCCCUGAGGACUCAUAUAACCGAAAUGUACUAUGGACCUUUGAAGACAUUCAUAUGUUAAUAGGCAGCAAUCUCCCGAUAUUUGGCGAUAAGGAUCGACCAUGCGUUAGUUUGAGGCUGCGAGAUGCCCGGGAGCCUAUCAAUGUGUUAACAGGAAUUGACUACUGGCUUGACAAUUUAAUGUGCAAUGUCCCAGAAGUCUUAAUGUGCUAUCAUUUAGACGGCAUUGUACAGAAGUAUGAGCCAAUGAAAACCGAAGAUCUGCCUAAUAUGGAAAACUCCAAGUUUUCUCCAAAAGUCAUAAGGAAUGUCGCCCAAAAUAUUUUAUCCUUUUUGAAGUCCAAUGUCACCAAGUCUGGACACACAUAUUGGUUGUUUAAAGGUCCCCAUGAUGACGUGGUAAAACUCUACGAUCUGACGUCCCUGUGUCCCGACAGUCUCGACAAUCCGUUCACGACUCCAGUCGCGAUGUUACUAUACCGUGUCGCCCGUAACAUGAGAAUUAUGAAUCGGACGAGACAUGUACGACAACUUUUGGAACAUGUAGUGCAGUUGUUGCAAGUGGAAAGAUAUCCGCAAAUUGUGGCUUCAUCCCACUAUAUGUUGUCCGAUUUGUAUGUACCGGCCACGACUAAUCCCGCAUGCCCGGAUUUUAAAGAUGAAAUUCUAGAGCCAGACGAGGAUUCUGAUUUCGGAAACUCAGCUGAGUUUAAUGAUAACGUUGAUAGGACUAGUGAGGCUGACACAGAGAAUGAAGAGAGAGAGGAGAAGAAAACCGAAGACAAUUUAGAGGCGAAGGGAGACAGCCUGGCGUUACAAGUGAGAUGUCUCACACUUAAGGAUACAGGGAACAAGAACACACAACAUAGUGGUAGUGCAAAGGAAAAGGAGUCUGUCAGUUCGGGUCUGGGCGUAGAAGUUCCGGAUAGAUGUGGCCGAGCAUUGUCACAUGCACUCAAAGGUUUAUCAGCUCUGCAUCACCUUACUAUUGAUAAGGCCAAGGAAGAGGAACGCGUGCGUCUCAAAGAGCAAAUAAUAAACGAAGAGCAGCACCCGAAAAUGGCUAACCCAUUCGAGCCGAUCAAAAUGGACUAUCAGCCAAUGAACAAGAAAAAAGAACCAAAAGAACACGUAUCAAGAAGCAGACGCCGGAGACGCGAAAGAAAACAGUCAGAGAAAACUGGGAAUUACCUAAUCGAAGCCAAUUCGAAUGUUGAUAAAAACGCGAUUCUAAUACGCAAAGAGAACAACACAUAUCCAACUUGGCAUGAGCCGAAUAGGGAUGACAAUUUCGCCUGGAAACUGCAUUUGAAGACGUUGUUAUAUGAGAAAAUAUGUCUCGCAUACGCAACCCUAGCGGAAUAUAGUUACGCCCACGAGCAAUAUGGGUUUUCUUUGAAAUACAUAGAGCUUGCCAGCAAAUGUCAGAAAUUGUUAGGCAGUAUGAUAAUCAAAAGUCGAGUCGUGGAUGCGUCAUGUCUUAUUGGAAGGAUUGGGGAUAAUUUCUUUCAACUCAGCAAACAUUGGUCCAAUCUGGAGCAGUACCAGAAGCAGUUCCAGAAGGAUCAUGAUAUCGAUAAGAAAAUUCGACACGAGAUUGAGAAUGAUUUGGUGGAUGAGACUGAAGUUACGUGUAAAGAUUUCGAUUUGGAUAUAUCCCUACCAUUAAGCGAUCUAGAAGCAAUGAAGGCGUCGUGUGCGUAUUACCGAAGGGCUAGUGAGGCAGUGCCGGGAGGCGCGCACAAGCGAGACGAAUUGCAACGCCGCUUGGCCUCAGUUUGCAACGAACUCGCAGUCAGAUAUAUGAACGAUGGACAACAAAUCUACAUGAAAUAUGCAGAAGAAGAUGGCGAAAACUCUGCAUUUCCAAAAGACAUUCGUGACCAGUUGAAAUCCCUUUCGCAUAUGUCUGCGGAGUGCUUAGACGAGGCCACUUCGAUAUUCGAAUCGGUCAAGGAUGUUCCGAAUUUGGCACUUUUGUACUGUAAUAAGGCCAGAUACAUGAGGUUCAAGGCGCAUUGUGAUAGAGACGGGUCUACAUCUGAAAAACGUAGCCUAUACAACAAAGCCGAAGACCUCUACAUGGAUGCCCUGAAGAUGCUAGGCCCUCGUGAGAACUGUGGAGCAGCAGCGGUUUGGGAUCUGGUAUCUUGGGAACUCUCGUGUCACCUCUACACUAAGGCAGUAUCGAUGCAGGACUUUCCGGACUUGUAUGGAUGUGAAGUAAUGGAAGUAGCGGAUGCGUUCAAACACGCGCUCAAGUAUUGUCUUCUAAGCCCCGGCCCAAGGCAGUAUCUUUACCAGUUUAGAGCCGCCAUGAUUUAUCACCGGUUGGGUUCGUUGUACCACUCACAAUUUAGAUUGACAACAGAGGACGGUCCCAAACGUCGUACGUUAUUGAACGCAACUUGCACGAGUUACCAAGAGGCAUCUGUUCGUUUCGCGGCGCUCGAAGACAUCUUUAUGUUCCUAGCAGUGAGGUUGGAACAUGUGGCGGCUAUGGAAGGCCACGCCCAAAUAUCUCCAAACGUCAAACUAAAGUCCUUCCAAACUGCUUUAGAACUCUUACAACAGUCGUACUCCGUGUUGAUGCUGUUAAAAAAUCGCGAUCCCGAAGAAAAAGACACAAAAACUGAGGAGUGCGAUGAAAAAUCGCUCAAAAAUGAACAUGGACUAGUCUCAUUAUUUGAAAACAGACUUCAUCACAUAUUAAAAAGUAUUAUUCAGUAUUGUCGAUCGAAGACUAACAAAGACUAUGAAAAAAUGACAGAUAUGUACAAAAAAUUGUAUUGUGCAAGUUUGAAAAUUGUUAAAAAUGACGAUAUGAGAUUGUACGCGGCGAGUAUUUGCGAUGUUUUAAAUAUUAUGAAUAAUAUUGCUAAAGAAUUUGCGUAAUUUUAUUGCUAUACUAUUUCUAGCCAAAAUUCUUCUAUACGGUCUUAUCUGAAUUUUAUGCUCUUAAUUAAAACCGCUAGGAAGAAUUUUACGAUAGUUGUGUCAUUAUUUCGUAUAAUGUCAGUAACAGCUCUAUGGCCCUUAAUACAAUUUGUGUUGACCCCCUUAUUCAUAAACGUUACGUUCGUCUCGUUCGUCUCUCUCUAUCAAGUGGUGUCUACGCCUUGAUAAUAAGAGACAAAAGACGAUUUGUUUUUGCUUCGGCUACUCAAUUUUCCAUACGUUGUAAUAAGAGGAAGGACUAUAAAAAUGAAUUCUUUUAAUAUCGCUUCUACUGUGUCUCAAGUUAGUUCUAGUAGCCAUGGUUACCAUUCUUGAAAUUAGCAUCGCAACCAUGUUAGCUAACCUAAUAUUAAUACUUUUUUUAUAUAUUUAAAAGAAUUUGGAUUACCUGGGAAUUGUAUUAUUAAAAGCAAUUAUAUAUAAAGGAUUUCUUUUUUAUAGACAAAACGAUUCGGAUGAAAUAAUCAUUUUGAAGUGGGUGGGUUACACAUUUUUUUGUAUAAGUUACUGUCAGUUUAAGCGAUGCAGCUAACUAGAAAUAUGAAUAAAAGUUUGACUUCUGACUGGCGUUAUUUAUAUACAAGCCGUAAUAUACUAUAUGUACUUCUGACGUUUACGUUUUCGAACAGUUAUUUUGACUUUCGUAAGAGAACGUAGGUGAGCUGAAUUUUUUGACAAUGACGGGUAGUCGUCAAAGUCGAGAUUUAGCGCCAAGUAUGACUCAAUGUCAGAAACGUCUUGGAUUUGACAUACCCCAGCAUCUUAGUUUAAAACAUUUUGGCCACGAUAUGUUUGUAUUGUAUUAAGACGGCGUUGUUAUCGUUAGCCAAUACUGAACUUUAUUAAAAAAAAUUGUAUCGUAGUCAUUUUAAAAUAACGAAAGAGUUGAAAAAAGUAUUUUUUGUUAUGAAACUCAAUAUAGAAUAAGAUUUUAGAUGAAAUAUAGGAACGCAGCUAUUUAGUUGUGUUGUGUUUACUUGGAAGUAAUUAAAGUUCAUUAUAAAGACUUAGCAUUUACUUAACUUAUAUAGUGAAGAUUUCAAUUGUACCAUCGUUUUUAAAGUUAAAAAGGUCUUCUACCAUAUUCUUUCUUAAAUCAGUCGUUUAAUAAAUGGGCAUAUAAUUUCCUAUUUGAGUUGCACCGUCCUUUACAUGUAGUAAGUUAGGUAUCAUUAGAGCUAUUGAAUGGAUGACUCUUUAGUACAGCUCUUAGUAGUUAUUAUCUUCCAUUUUAGUGUAUAAAACUAUAACGAAACGAGGCAAACGUCCCCAUAUCUUGUAUAUAUACAUAAGAUAUGGGGACGCAAUAAUCUUCAGUGUAUAAUGUAUAAUUCAUGUUUAAAUAUUUAAGAAGUCUCGUAAUUGAU